AUGUCAAGCACAAUAUACUAUAAGUUUCGUUCUCAGAAGGAUACAUUUCGAGUUGGGUUCGAUGGUACAGGUAUCACAGUUUUCGAUUUGAAGAGAGAAAUCAUCAAUGAUAACAAGUUGGGGGAUGGGACAGACUUCCAAUUGAAGAUAUAUAAUCCAGACACGCUAGAGGAAUACGAAGAUGAUACUACGGUAAUAGGCAGAUCCAGUAUGGUGAUUGCAAAGCGAUGUCCAAGCGUAAAACUUUCUGUGAAUGGGAAAAGUGUGAUUGGUAAUGCUACACGGUAUGUGAUGGGUAAGCCCAGAGUGAUGAGUAAAAGAGCGAUGACUCCGAGUGUAACGUCAAGCGGCAAUGCAAAAGUGGAGGGUCAAACUGAAGAAGAAAGGAUUGCCAAUAUGUUCGCUAACCAGGAGACGCAGUGGGAACAAACGCAACAAGAGAUGUCUCAAGCGCAGCCGAUUUUCCAACAGAGAAACGUUGGGUCAGCACCUGGGCAAGACCAAGAACCACCACCACCCGGUUACAUGUGUUACAGAUGUGGUGGUAGAGGUCAUUGGAUUAAAAAUUGCCCUACCAACAAUAAUCCUAAUUUCGAGGGUAAGAGAAUUAAACGUACUACCGGUAUUCCUAAGAAGUUUUUGAAAAGCAUAGAGAUAGAUCCAUCUUCGAUGACUCCGGAGGAGAUGGCUGAGAAGAAGAUUAUGGUCACUGAUGAAGGGAAAUUCGUAGUCCAUAUGGCAGAUCAAACUUCGUGGGAAGAUUAUCAAAGAAGACAACAACAGCAGAGUUAUAUGAUGUCUCAAGAGGAUAAAUUGUAUAUGAAGGGACAGUUUCCAGACUUGCCGGAUGAGUUGAAAUGUUGUUUAACUGGUGGAUUGCUACGAGAUCCUGUAAAAUGUACUAAAUGUUGUGGAAAAGUCGUUUCACGACUAGCUAUGGAGGAUGCACUACUAGAAUCAGAUUUCGUUUGUCCUCUUUGUCAAACAUCGGAUAUCUUAUUAGAUUCAUUGGAACCAGUACAGGAGAUACAAAGAAAAGUUCAGGAAUUCAUAAAGCAAAAUAAGAAAAGAUUGUUAGAAGAAGAACCUGUCGCUGGUGCUGCACCUGUUGCUGAAACAGGUGUCAAAAAGCCAAAAGUCAUGCCUCCUCCUCCAGUUCCUUUCAUGCCAUUCAUGUUUCCUAUGGCACCGUUUUUCGGUGUGCCUUCUUCGACUCAGCAGGUUCAACCUCAGAAUCAAAAUCAGCAAGAACCUUCUGUUCAACCUAAAAAUUAA